AUGCUUGUGUCUACCAAGAGCUUUCUGCUCACUGCAGCUCUUGGGCCUAUUAUUGUAUUGGGUGAGACUGUCCUAGGGGUCACCGUCUUCUCUCGCCACGGUGAUCGCACCUCGAAGCACUACAAGGGCUACACCUUGACCAACCUGGGUUUCCAGCAAAAUUACCAGGUUGGCGCCUAUUACAGGUCUACCUACCUCGAGGCAGGCGCCAGCAAACAGAUUCUGGGUAUCUCAGAGGACCAGUAUGUCCCCAACCAGAUCUGGGGCCUCUACCCUCCCAUUGGUAACAAUGACAACGUGGGUGUUCAGGAGCUUAAUAAUGGUACCGACUACACGGCCCCUCUCAACGGGUACCAGUAUGUCGUGCUUCACAGCGAGGAUGAGAACUCUCCCGAUACCAUCUGGAUCAAGGGCGAUGAAAGCUGUCCUGCUGCCACCAAGGACCAGAAAUCGUACUCCCAAAGCGCUCAAUUCAAGGAUACCUUUGCUUCAACCAGACAGUUCUAUGGCGACCUCUACCCUCUCAUGAAGGACGUCUAUGACUACAAGCCUGAGAACAUGACUUAUCAAAAUGCCUAUGAUAUCUUUGACCUCAUCAAUGUCGCCUCAAUCCAUAACAAGUCCUUCUCUGUUGAGUCUGAGAAGCUCGAUCAGCUGCGUGUCCUCGCCGACCGCUCUGAAUUUGGUCAGAAUUUCAACGUCUCGGCCCCUGACAACAGGUCUAUUGGUGGCAAGACCCUUGCCGGUGCCAUCCUCAACCAGCUCAACCAGACUGUCGCUGGCAAAGGAAAGCUCAAGUUCUCUCUCCUUGCGGGCAGUUAUGACACAUUUCUCUCCUUCUUUGGUCUUUUUGGUCUCACCGAAGCCAACAGUGACUUCUACGGUCUUCCUAUCUACGCCAGCACCAUGGCCUUUGAGAUUUUUACCAAGGACAAUGUCACCACUUUCCCAUCAUCCACUGAUGAUCUCCAAGUCCGUUUCCUCUUCCGUAAUGGCUCCGAUGAUGGUACCCCUCUUUCUCAGUUCCCCCUAUUCGGCCAGGCUCGAGAUGGCAUGAGCUGGGCCACCUUCGUUAAGGAGAUACAGAAGCGUUCCAUAACCACUGUCUCGUCAUGGUGCAAGAUGUGCGGUAGCACAGAGGACUUCUGUGUUGCCGCUCUAAAGGGUGAUUCUGCCUCCCCUGCCUCAGCUGGAAGCUCCAGUGGCUCUGGUAUAUCUAACGCCGUUGCUGGUGUUAUUGGUGCUUCGGUGACUCUUGGUGUUGUUGUCAUCUGUGGUCUAACUAUCUUCCUUAUCAGACGUAACAAGGCUCAUAAGGCUACUGCUACUGAAGAGGCUGGUUAUGCUAGUUCGAUCAGUAACAAAGAUAGCCUAUAA